AUGGAUGAGGAAUACGAUGUGAUCGUCCUCGGCACUGGUCUCACAGAAUGUAUUUUGUCGGGUUUGCUCUCUGUCGAGGGCAAGAAGGUCCUUCACAUGGAUAGGAAUGACUAUUACGGAGGUGACAGCGCCAGUCUCAACCUCUCUCAGCUGUACCGCAAGUUCCGUCCUGACCAAGCACCCCCAACCGAACUCGGUCGUGACCGCGAUUACGCCGUCGAUCUUGUUCCUAAGUUCAUCAUCGCUUCAGGAGAAUUGACCAAGAUCCUCGUCCACACGGAUGUCACUCGCUACCUGGAGUUCAAGCAAAUCGCGGGUAGCUUUGUCUAUCGCGAUGGGAAGAUAUCCAAGGUGCCCAGUACGGAGAUGGAGGCUGUCAAGAGUCCUUUGAUGGGUCUCUUUGAGAAGCGACGUGCAAAGAAAUUCUUCGAGUUCUUGCAAGGAUGGAGGGACGAAGAUCUUGCGACUCAUCAAGGUAUCAAUCUUGAUACUGAUAGCAUGAAGACCGUUUACGAGAAAUUCGGAUUGGAACCUGGCACUCAGGACUUCAUCGGACACGCCAUGGCCCUCUAUUUAGAUGACGACUACAUCACGAAAGCUGCUCGACCAACUUAUGACCGCAUCAUCCUUUACACUUCCUCCAUGGCGCGUUAUGGCAAGUCACCAUACAUUUACCCCCUUUAUGGACUCGGCGAACUGCCCCAGUCAUUCGCGCGACUGAGCGCCAUCUACGGCGGCACCUACAUGCUCGACAAGCCGAUCGAACAGAUUGUCACCGACGCCGACGGUAAAUUCGUCGGAGUCACUAGUGCUGGUGAAACUGUCAAGGCAAAGCAAGUCAUCGGCGAUCCUAGCUAUUUCGGUGCAUCUGCGGAUGGAAAAGUGAGGGUUGUCGAGGAAGGUAAAGUUGUCAGGGCAAUCUGCUUCCUCAAGCACCCUAUCCCAGGCACCGAGGACGCCGACAGUUGUCAGGUCAUCAUCCCCCAGAAUCAAGUUGGUCGCAAGCAUGAUAUCUACAUUGCAAUGGUUUCGUCUACACACAACGUUUGCGCGAAGGACAUCUACGUUGCCAUUGUCAGCACAAUUGUUGAAACUGAUCGACCUGAGUUGGAAAUUGCUCCUGGAUUGAGCCUCCUCGGACCUAUCUACGACAAGUUCGUGGACAUUACUCCUUUGUACACACCGACAAGCUCCGAUCAAGCGGAUAACAUUUUCAUUACCCGCUCAUACGACGCUACUUCUCACUUCGAAACUGUCGUCGAGGACGUACAGGAUGUCUGGAAGCGCGUCACUGGCACCGAUCUCGUCCUCAAAAAACGGGAGGUUGAGGUCACCGGGUGA